CGAACCCCUGGAGACACGGCCGGCCCUGCCUGCCGGCUGCAGCCCGCCCCGCGCCGGGGUCCCUGCUCUGGCUGCUCGCGGUGGUGUUUUGGGGAACAAAACCGGAGAAUUGUUCCCUCCUCUCCACGCGCAGUUGGCUUUUUGGAAAAGCUGGCAGGCCAGACAGACCUACCCCCUGGAGGCAGCAAAGUAAAUGCCUGGGAGACAUCUUAGAACUUUAAAGGUGGAAAAACCCUGCUCUUAGGGGACCGUGCUGAGGACACUAUGAAAUCUUGGAAUGAUAGCCAGUCAGACCUCUGUAGCAGUGACCAAGAAGAGGAAGAAGAGAUGAUUUUUGGUGAAAAUGAAGAGGAUUUGGAAGAGAUGAUGGAUUUAAGUGAUCUGCCUACCUCACUUUUUGCUUGCAGUGUCCAUGAAGCAGUGUUUGAGGUACAAGAGCAGAAGGAGAGAUUUGAAGCACUUUUCACCAACUACGAUGACCAAGUUACGUUUCAGUUGUUUAAAAGCUUUAGGAGAGUCAGAAUAAAUUUCAGCAAGCCUGAAGCAGCAGCAAGAGCGCGAGUAGAACUCCAUGAGACAGACUUCAGCGGGAAGAAGCUGAAGCUGUAUUUUGCACAGGUCCAGACAUCCAGUGAGACACGAGACAAAUCAUAUUUGCAGCCACCCCAGCCAGCCAAGCAGUUCCUCAUCUCCCCUCCAGCCUCUCCUCCAGUGGGGUGGAAGCAGGGUGAAGAUGCAAUGCCUGUUAUAAACUAUGAUUUACUCUGUGCUGUUUCCAAAUUGGGACCAGGAGAGAAAUACGAACUUCACGCAGGAACUGAGUCGACACCAAGUGUGGUGGUUCAUGUCUGCGAAAGUGAAACUGAGGAGGAAGAGGAAACAAAAAAUCCCAAACAGAAAAUCACCCAGACAAGGCGCCCCGAAGCUCCAACCUCAGCCCUCAGUGAGCCCCAGACCUUCGACUGUGCUCUGUGAGAGCCCAGGUUGUGCUGGGUGGCAGCUGCCAUGUUGGGCUCAGUGAUGGAAAGCGGGUCCUCCUGCUGGCGCUCUGCUGCCGCCAGGGGAGGUGAGGCUGGAAGGGGUGGGGCUGGGGGGUGUGUGCACCAAGCCUGCGCCGCCAGGGAUGUGGUAGCGUUAGAGUAACAGCUGAUUGUACCUGCUCGGAAUGUCAGCUGAUCUUCGGAACAGCACUUUACAGCAUUGACCUCCGACAUGUGGCAAAACUUGACCAUUUUUAAGCAGUAGCAAAUUAGGAAUUGGUUCCCCACUGCCAUGUUAAUUUCCCUGAUUCCAUAGAGCACGGGGUACCCCAACACUGGAAUGAUAGUCACCGAGUGCAGUACCAUUUUUAUGAACUUAAAAAUAGUCUUAUGAUUUUAAUAAUCUAGUGUAUUUUUGUACUGGUAUAAUAGCUUCUGACUAAUCUGUGGAUCAAAAGUUAAUUGUUACUGAGCACACCUGAAACUUUUUGCACGAAAAGAACCUGAAAUAGAGAGCAAUUCAUAGAAAAUAAUUUUUCGAGAGUAUUUUUUUUUUUUUUAGCUUUGGGGAAGAAAUGCCAAAUGCACUUUGAAUGUCGGAAUCAAAUGGCACAAAUGUGUGUGCGUGUUGCUCUUGUCCCUGUGACUCUUACUUAGACUUGGGAGGAGAGCGAUGGCACACCAUGUUCCUAAUGCCUCGACCCGCCCCGGGGGAAACACUGCCACUUUGGAAGUGGAAUCAGUAAGCUUGAUGCACUGUGACCUCAGGUGGCGACUGUGACCUGUUCUUUGUGACCGUGUUCUGGCCUGUGGCUGUCCCGAACUCCUUCAGCACCACGGAGUUCCUCUGUGCGCUGCGUCGUCAUGUGUGUCACUCAAGACUUUAUAUGAGAAACGGUAAUGACGGGGUUUUCUGAUGAUCGUAUAAAAUUCCCCACUUAAAUGUUUUCCGACUUGCUUUGAAAGAAAAGUCACGUGCACACACUUUCUGUGAACUAGGGAAAGGUGGGGGAGAGCAUUCAUUAGUCAGACUUUUUUUUUGAGAAAUCUUUUACCCUGACUGACAGUUGGCACCUUUCUAUAACACAGAAUUGUUUCUUACUUGUACUUCAGAGUGUGUAUUUGAACCUCCAACUAGAAGCAGGCAUCUUUUACUCUGUGAUCUGUUCAGACUUUGUUUUGGCAAGGGCUCUGCUGACAACUCGCUCUAUGUUUCCCUUCUGUAGUGACUGUCUGGAGCUCCCUGCUGCGUGCAUGAAGGGGCUGCACGUGGGAGUUUGCAGUAACAAACCAAUGCCAUGCCUCUACAAUAAGAGGAAAAUGCAGAGAUUCAGGCCAUGAUGGGUGUAGAUUUUUGGUAGCAUGUUGUAGUUGAGAUGUUCUUAUUAUGGUGGAAUUUAUUUCUGAAGACAAUUUUUCUAUAUUUUCCUGGCCCUCAAGUACUCUGGGGUGGUAAACUGUCCCACUAAUGUACAUCCAUCACUGCUAAGCUGCGGUGUCAAUUGAGAUGGAAAUUGUGAUUCUAUGAGCAGUGUAUUGAAUUCAGAUUUUUUGGCAAUUUCACUGAACAGCCAUUUCAUACUUUUAUGUUGCAGUUCUAAAUGCAGCAUUUGCUGGUUUUUUAAUCUCCAUUUUGCACGAACUUGUGUCAGAAUUUUGAAUUUCCUUUUAGGUAACAUGCAUUCACUAUAAUUUUCUGACUAAUCAAAAUCAUGAUAUAUUAUUAUUUGACUUGACUUUCAUUCUCUACCAUCCAAUUUUAGAAUAUUCUACCCUUGACAUACAAAACUUUUUGAAAGUAAAAGUAGUGCAAGUUACCCAAACUUUUCUCUUGCCCUGAUAUUUUUGAGAAUAUUGAAUAAAUUAAAGAAAAACUCAAACCAAAUUGAAAUAUAUAUAUUAAAUGUUAGCAAACUAGUAAAUACCUAUAAUAUUUAGGGAUAUAUUUGUUAAUAUAUCAUUAUUUAAUCUGUUAAACCUGUCUGAAUGGAGGGCAUUCAUACUUCCAUUAUUCUAGUACAUUUCCAUAAGGUGAACUCUAAAAUAAAAACUAUUAAAUGACCAUUACUUUUAGAUAUUGUAAAAUCAACCAGAAUCUCAGCAGGUAUUAUGGCAUCUGUCCUUUUUUUGUCAUUUUAAAUAAGUUUGUCUGUGUUUUUCCUUCUUUGAAAUAAUACAUUUAACUUUGAUAGUAGGCAUGCUUCCUUUAAAAAUCAUGACCUAUUCUUGGGAAUCACAUUCUUUAGACAAUUGUGAGGAAAGAAAGUGACACUGUGAUGUGAUUAUCUCUGAAGGUAGGAAAACCACGACACUUGAUAGAUCAGAGGACCUGCACUGGCGCCUGUGUUCUAAGCUCUUCCAACAUACACCCUUCAAAAGCCAGAAUUACAUCCUUUCUUAAAGUGUGUGGGCAUUUACUAGUUUAAAGUGCUGGGAGGCAGAAAUAGUAAGAGCAGUAUCCUUACUUGGAAAGUAAAAGUCCGGUAGAAAACAAAUUAGUCUCUGUCAUCCUCCUUCAGGAUUUUAUACACUAAAAUCUGUCAACAAUUAAGAGCCAAAUAAAAGCUACUAAGAAAUUUUAAACAGACCACUGCGGCUUACGGGAUGUGUGAAUCAGACACCCCAGCAGAUAGAGGUCAGCAUAAUACUGUUCUUUUUUGUUCUUUUAAAUAAUACAGCCUAUAUAUAUAUAUGUCAUUUUGUUUCACAAUAAAUGCCAUUUUUUUAAUGCUGUGAAAAGACUUGAUUAAAAAAAAUAAGUGAAACUAUUUCAUUUUCUGAGUCCCAGUGACAGAGCUCAAGGUGGCUUUGGAAAUCAUCGGCUCUCAUCCUCUUGUUACACAGAUGAGUAAACUGAGGUGAGGCUGCAAAGCCACAGAAAGGCAGCCCCUGGCUAGAACUGGCAACCCCAGCUCCCAGGCUAGUGCUCUGUCUACUUUUUCUUGCAUUGACCUCUUAAAAACACUCAGAGGACUGAAUCCCUGUCAUAAGAAAACAAAGAGAAACACACACACACACCCCCAUAAGGUACAAUGAAUAAGAAAAAUCUUAUCUGUUGAAGGCAGUGACUUGGUAAUAUUAAUGAACAAAUUUGACGUUCAAUGUUUGAUGUUUUCAUUGUCUUUGUACCGUUGGGACUGGAGUCUGCUUCAGAAAUGUUAUCCAGGUUGCCAGUAAUUGCUUUGACAUUUUCUGUGGGCUUUCUAAGAUUUUAAUAAUAAUGAGAUUAAAAUACUUGAGAUGAGACUUUAAUAAAACCGACAUGUAACACGAUGGGAUGCUCAGUGCUGGUGAGGUGGUCUGGCAGAUGGCCUGUAUGUCAGGCCCUCGUACAGAUCAGGGCUUCACUUUAAAAGGGCAAAUCUCAAGCAAAGUUGAGCAAUGGGAAAUGUCCGAAAUUGUUUGGUGCCCAGGCUCCCCUCUGUAGGUGUGAGGUGCAGGCAUCGCUUUCCUCCUGGGCAGUUCAUUCCUCUAGCUAGGGGUCCCUAGGUCCCCCUUCCUUGGCCAGCUCACUGUGCUCCUUCAUGCAUGUUCACAGCAGCUCCCUGUAGGUGUGAAAGGAAACAGAUGCCUGACGGUGGUUGUGACAAAUGUAAAGGAACGAAAGUCUUGGGCAAACAGUUGCCUCCCAGCUGGAGAGGCCGGUCUGUGUUAUAAGGCCCACCUUUUAGAAAGUUAAAUAAAUUGAAGGAAUCAGAUGCUUGAACCUUGUCCAACAAUGUGAUACACGCUCACUUGUGUUUUUAAACUCCCCUUAGAAUGUGGGUGAGCCAGAACGUCUUCAUUCGAUUGCCACUGUCUGCUUUAAUUAUGGGGAAAAUGUUAAUAACUUGGAAAGUAUUGUUAUUACCAAGUGUGUAAGUAACAAAGAAACUGAAAUUUCCAACCACCGCUAGACUCACUGGUGUAAAAUUAGGGCAAGUUCAAAACAGAAUUUUUCAGCCAAGGUUAAAAGACACACACCUUGAGCUGAGUCAGUCUCUCUCCAUUUAUACAAAAAUUUAAAGCCCUCUGGUGAAUUAGAUCUGUGUUCUGUCUUGUGUACCUAUACUUCCUUUUGAAGCAAAAGCUUGUCCUGAAAACUUUUGGAACUGCCGAGUAGCUUUGACUGAAUGUUCAUUCUCAUUAUAAUGGAAGAAGAUUUCUAUCUAUGCAGAUAAUAUGUGUUCUCUGUAUUGUAUUUCUAUUUAGUCCCCAGUCUCUCUCCCUCAGGUUGGGGACUGAGGAGAGGUAGAGGUGGCUAAUCCUGUUACUGUGCCAUACCCUCCCCACCCUUCUCAGCUGUGAUGGGGCCAAUCUCAUGUAUCUUCCAAGUCAAAGAAAACUUUCUUGAUCAUUUUACGUCUGUCUCACCAGGAGUUGAGUUUAUGGCUUUAUCGGAACACGUUUGUGAUCUUGUGUCUUAUUUGGGAACACGUUUGCUUUCUGGUACUAUAAACUGUAGUGAAUACUGGUCAGUAAUUUAUAUACGUGUAUUCCAUAUUUUCGUGUAUUUGAAGUGACUAUCCAUAGUUUGUAGUAGUUUAUUUGUCCACUUUGAACUAUCCUGUAUUUUGAAGACAUUCAAACAUUCCUUGUCCUAUCAAGGUGACAAAAAGCAGAAUGUAAAUUUUGGGAUUCUUUGUGAUUAAGUGUAACAACUUUUGUUUUUAAAUCUAAUAAAAAUAAAGUUCGUGUUUGUUUGUUUUUUUUC